AAAAGUUUCAGUCUGAAGUGAACAUCGAUCGAGUUGAGACGUGUUUUAUACAAUAAAUAAACGUCGAAGGCAGUGAAAGUGAAAAAUAUACAUUCAUAUCUAUAAUACUGCAUUUUCAAAAGAUAGUCCGCCAACGCAGUCACAAUGGCGCUGUUAAGUUUACAAAUUCUAGCACUUUUCCUGUCUUGCCUCACAGCCGGCAUUUAUGCACAGCAAGUCUGCCAAAUUGGUCUUGAUGCCACUGAGGUGCCGCACACGGUACGCGCAGAUUUGUAUCGUGGUGAACAGAAUUUCACCCUAGCCAUGCUGCAAGCCAUCAAUAAGGCUACACCCAACGAGAAUAUCUUCUUCUCGCCCUACAGCACUUAUCACGCACUGCUCUUGGCGUAUUUCGGCGCACGUGGUGAGACUGAGGCCGAACUGACGAAAGCUCUAUCGUUAGGUUGGGCAAAGAAUAAGAAUCACGUACUCAGAGGUUACACUUUGGAGCGGAGCAGUCGCAUGUUGCGUUCGAAGGACAUGCCAUUGCAAUUCGAUUCAGCCGAUCGUAUUUACUUUGAUAAAGAUGUUGCAAUCACCGAGUGCGUACAAAAUGUUUUCCUGCAAGAGUUGGCUUCGUUGGAUUUCCAAAAUAAUGCUGAACAGUGUCGCGUGGAAAUCAAUAAUUGGAUAAGUAAUGUGACUAAGAAUGAAAUACCUGACAUGCUGAAGUCCGGUGAUGUUGAUGCGCAAACGAAACUGGUGCUGGCGAAUGCAGCGUACUUUAAGGGACAGUGGUCGAAUAAAUUUGAUCCAAAGGACACGAAGAAAGAUAUCUUCUACACAUCGGAGAGUAAACAUUCAUUUGUCGAUAUGAUGCACAAACGCGGCACUUACAAUUUGGCUCUGGAUGAAAAUUUGGGCGCUUACGUGCUGGAAAUGCCCUACGUUACGUCCAAUGACAACGAAAAGGAAUCUGAUAUCUCAAUGGUCAUUAUACUGCCACCAUUCCAUAAUUUAGAUGGUGUUUUGGCUAAAUUGACGCCAGAAUCAUUGGAUGAUGCGCUGAAAGAAGGCAUGGCGCGCGAAGUGGAUGUUUCCUUGCCAAAAUUCGCCUUUGAACAAAAUCUUGAAUUGAUACCGAUUCUACGAGAGAUUGGCAUCAAUUCCCUCUUCGAAAGGGAGUGUGAUCUCAGUGAUUUCUUCAAAAAUAGCCUACAAUUCGGUGACGCCAAACACGUGGCUAAAAUAAGUGUGGAUGAGGAGGGCAGCACCGCCUCGGCGGCUACCGUACUUUUCAGCUUCCGUUCUGCACGUCCACUGGAGCCAACCAAAUUCGAAUGUAAUCAUCCAUUCUUAUUUGUUAUUUACGAUUACAAUGCAAAGGCGAUAUUAUUUACUGGCAUCUAUCGUGAUCCAAAGACACAGAAGUAGAUUUCAGCAAAAAUUUACUUGCUAAAAUUUUAAAUUUGACUUUUUAACAAAAAAAAAAAAAAAACAAACAAACAAAAAAAAGACACUUAAAAUUAGAAAGAGUGUAAAAAAUUAUUUAAUAUCUUUAUAACGAUUUUAUAUCUAAUGCUGUUACUUUCGAUUAAUUUAUAAGCUGUGAAGAAAAAUUUAUAAUGUUAUAUCUAUACAUACAUAUUUAAUAAAAAAAAGAAAGGAAACUAAAAGACACCAAGUAUUUGUUAUUGCUAUUGCAAAAAGCAAACUCAAAUUUUGAUACAAUUUCAACUGAGCUAACAUAUGUAAAUGGGGUGGUUGUGAAAAUUAACUGCGGUAAGUUGAAUGCGUCUUCAGUACAUUCUAGAUAAGACCACUUUAUCCUCGCUGGAGCGGUAAGCAACGACAUAGCUAAAAAUGUGGUAAGAAAAAAUUAAACACCUGAUUUUCAUAUACAAUUUUGCUUGAAUUAUGCUGCUUUUAUUUUUUUAAUAAACUAAUUUUCGUUUUUUUUUCUGGUGUUUUCACUUUUUUUUCUAUACUUAGCAAACACAAUACACAAUACUUGAAUAACGGUUUAGCAUUUUGGUUUUGUCAAAUUUGAUACGUGUGUUACGCAUAAUAAUCUGUAUGUGGAAAUCGUCAAUUGUCCAUAGUUGUUGAUUUACAAAAUACUUUAUAAAAUUAGAUGUAUAUAUAUUUUUUUACAUUUGUUUAACAUACAUAUCUGAAACGUUGGUUGAAAGGAAAAGUUCAUUAAGCACUUUAGAAUGAAGAGUAGCAAAAAUAAAAAAAAAAAAAAAAUUAAAAAAAGGUGUUACAAAAAACUACAAAUAAGAUUACUUUUAUGAAUUUGAAAAAGCAAUUAUUUAUAACUUUGGUUUACAAUAAAAGAAAGACAGCGACUUUUGAGUUAAUCGGAAAAAAUUUUGUGUUUGUACAAUAUGUACUUAAUGAAUUUUUCCUUGCCACCCGACGCUUACAUACUACUUCCCUGCAUAAGUUUUGGAAACUCGUACAAUAUAUGAAAAAAACAGCCGGCUUCGUUAAGUAAUUUGGCAAAAAAUAAAAAAAAAAUAUACAAAAACGUGUUUAUAAGCGCAAGAAAAAAAUAUUUUGCAAAAAAAUAUUUAUUAUAAAAUAAAAAGUUUUACAUUUUCUUUUUCGAAAGUGAACUUGAAGGUAGAGAAAUUUGUGUCUUUUUCAUUGAUAUAACAACUGAAAAUGUCAUAUAAUUUGCUUAUUACAUUUUAAUUUGUUUAAUUAUUUUUAUUUUUUUUUAUAAACUCAUUUUAACAUUGCAAAACAGCGUUAAGUGCACUUUAGUUGUGAAAGUUGUGAAAAUAUCAGACUAAAUAUUUGAGCAGAAAAAUAUACAUGAACGAAAUUGUAAAAGAAUUUGAGCACUUUGUAAAAAAAAAAAA